UCGCAGAGCAGUUCUAAUACAAUACUAGAUUUUAAACACCAUCAACGGUGCGAUGGCGUUAAAGUUUACGAUAUUCUUAAUAGCGGCUGUGAGUGCUGCCAGUCUUCAAGACUAUCACCAGCAAACACACCUACAGCAGCAGCAGCAGCAACAGCAACAACAACAGCAGCAGCUACAACAACAACAAAAUCAGGCCGAUCCGUGGGAUUUGAAACGAUACGCGUCUGAUGCACAGCAUUUAAACGAUGAACAAGUAGGAUACGAUUUUUCCUAUUCGGUUCACGACCCAGUCACCGGUGAUCAAAAGAGCCAGGAAGAAUCUCGUCGCAAUGGUCACGUUCGUGGUCAGUAUUCUUGGGUAGAUGCCGAUGGUAUACGCCAGAUUGUCAAUUAUCGUGCUGACGAUCGCACUGGAUUCAAUGCGGAACAGCGACGCGAACCUGCAAAUCGUCCACGACUCAACAGAGUGUUGCAGUUAAUCCCUGCACAAACGGUAGCUCCGCUUUACACAAUUGAUGCCAUUCUUGCUCCUGCCUAUACUUCCGUGUCCCGUAUCGAUCAAAUACGACGACGUGAACAGGUGUCGCAUGAUAACCGAGAGGAUGGCAAUGAUGAAGAACGCGAUAAUCGAAGCCAUGUUCGAGAUGCGCUAGCGGAUCAACGUGAAGAUCGUCGUGAUAGCAUUCGAAAUGAUCGUCUAGAGGAACCUCGUGCUGAUCGUCGAGAUGAGCGUCGUGAUGAUGGACGUGACGAACGCCACGAGGAACGCCGCGAAGAACGCCGUGAUGACCGCCGCGAAGAUCGCCGUGAUGACCGCCGUGAAGAUCGCCGCGAGGAACGCCGUGAAGACCGACGUGAAAAUAUCCGUGACGAUCGGCACGAUAACCGUGAGGAAAACCGCCAGAACAGUUUGCGAGACGAUCGAGUCGAUGAGCGCAACGAAGAUCGCCGAGGAGAUCGCCAUGAUGAUCGUCGCGAAGAGCGACGUGAGGAACGCCGAGAUGAAAGACGUGACAAUCGUGAUGAUCGACGUCAAGCAGGCCAAGAAAUUGCAUCACAAUCGGAAGUUCGAUUCCAAGCGCCAUCGGUUUCUUAUCAGUACAGCAACUGAUUUACAUUGUCAGAUCACUGCCACACAAUGAAACGUAUUCACCGCCAUAUCUGUCAUGCAAAAUAGGGUGUGAUAGUAUCGCAAAAAUGAUUCAUGCGUUAUAUCCUUCCUAGCGUGAUGUUGUAAAAUGACAACCAUAUAUCGACUUAAUAAAGCAAAUGAAGAUCGAUUGAAAGCGAAACUCAAUCUCAUGUUAAAUAACGCCAACAUAAGUUCGCCAAUAUCAAUGCAAGUAGGUGCAUAAAUUGUAUAAAUGAUCGAAUACUGAAAUAUU